GCAAAGUCAGGAAGUGUGUAUGUCUGCUGUAGGUUGUGGAGGCUGCUCGUGUGCCGAAUAGCAGAGACACAAAGAUGGAGCUUGUUAAGGUUUUCCGCGGAUUUGUGAGGGCUUUCCUUUUUCUGCUGCUGUGGUUGAACUGCGAGGGAAGAGAGUCGGAGCUGAAUCACGUGACCUGCGGCUCUCUGGUCAAACUGCUCAACACCAGACACAACGUCCGCCUGCAUUCCCACGAUGUCAAGUACGGCUCAGGCAGCGGACAGCAGUCUGUAACCGGAGUGGAGAGUGCAGACGAUGCCAACAGCUACUGGCAGAUUCGUGGGAAGCCCAACCAUCCAUGUCAGCGGGGGUCAGCCAUCAGGUGUGGUCAGGCCAUCCGGAUUACCCACAUGAAGACUGGUCGAAACCUUCACACACACCGCUUCAGCUCCCCACUGUCUAAUAACCAGGAGGUCAGCGCCUUUGGAGAGAACGGUGAGGGUGAUGAUCUGGAUGUGUGGACGGUUCAGUGUGACAGCGCUCACUGGGAGCGCGAUGACGUUGUACGCUUCAAACACACGGGGACCGACGUCUUCCUGAGUGUCACAGGCGAGCAGUACGGCCACCCCAUCCGAGGCCAGCGUGAGGUACACGGCAUGAGCUCCCCUAACCAGCACAACUGGUGGCGCACCAUGGAGGGCGUCUUCAUCCAGCCCAGUCAGGAGCCACUCCACCACGAUGAGCUUUGACAGCAUCACCGGGACUUGUUGGACAUGUUAACCUUAUUUGUUGUGGGGUUUUAUAGCGGGUCUGAAGUUUGUAGAUAUUGGCUGAGUUUCAUGAAGGAGAACCAGUGAUUUCACAACAAAACUGGUGAUAUAUUUUUGCAAUUUGCAGCUGUUUUUGACACUUUUUAAAGAAAACAACCAGGUUACUGCUGCUGAGACCAAGAGUGGUCGGUCUGGAUCGAUGACGAGCAGCUGUUGGUCUGGAUCGGUGACCGGUAGCGGUUAGUCUGGAUCGAUGACGAGCAGCUGUUGGUCUGGAUCGGUGACCGGUAGCGGUUAGUCUGGAUCGAUGACGAGCAGCUGUUGGUCUGGAUCGGUGACCGGUAGCGGUUAGUCUGGAUCGAUGACGAGCAGCUGUUGGUCUGGAUCGGUGACCGGUAGCGGUUAGUCUGGAUCGAUGACGAGCAGCUGUUGGUCUGGAUCGGUGACCGGUAGCGGUUAGUCUGGAUCGAUGACGAGCAGCUGUUGGUCUGGAUCGGUGACCGGUAGCGGUUAGUCUGGAUCGAUGACGAGCAGCUGUUGGUCUGGAUCGGUGACCGGUAGCGGUUAGUCUGGAUCGAUGACGAGCAGCUGUUGGUCUGGAUCGGUGACCGGUAGCGGUUAGUCUGGAUCGAUGACGAGCAGCUGUUGGUCUGGAUCGGUGACCGGCGGCUGUCGGUCGGCAGUCGGUCUGGAUCGAUGACCGGCGGCGGUCCAUAACACAGGUUUAUAAACAGCUGACUCUUCAUUUCCCAUGAUGCAACACCCCACUUUCCUUUGGAUCCUUGAAACUCCACAGUUCAGCCGUCCUGUUAUUAAAUUGCACCCUCUGAUGACAUCACUCUGACGUCAUCAGUGAGCUUGUUUUGUUUGCACCUUGUGAUUCUGGUUGUUUAAUCAGGUCUAAACACACUUAAACUACAUUCAUUAGACGUUAACAUGUCUGCAUUUGAUUGGUUGAAACAGAUCAGCUGACUUGGUCCAACAACGGUUCUUAAGUGGAGAUGAAGAGACGUGUUAAAAGGUCGGCCUGGUCUAGCUGGUUUAGUUAGCAUGUUACAAGAGUAACAUCUGUCCAGACCACACCUACCGAGGUAGAUGUACAAAUCAUUCAGUCUGAUUAAUUCAAAUCUGGGAAAUCAUAAUUAGAAUAAUCUGAUGGAAACGGAGCUAUUGCUGCUUCUAAGGCCCAUUUAUGCUCCCUUACCUACGUAAAUAUGGGCCUUUUGUCUGUGAUGAAGUAGUGUUCACAUCAAAAAGGUCUGAGGGUUUUCCAGAGUAAAUCUAACGAGGUUACUCUUGGCUCAGAGUUGGAUUUCUUGAUGGGACUACUGACUUUAUUUAAAAAAUGGACAAUCUCCAGGUGUGAAAUGUGAAAUUAAUGCAGAAAACCAACUCUUUAGUCCAGGUUUUCUGUUCCUUACCACUGCUUUCAGGAUGCUUCCUCCUAAAAAAUGAUUUUUUUUUUUUAGCCUAGUUAAAUGAAGGUAAGUCAUUAAAAACAAAUUCGUAUUUCCUGUGAUGGCUGGGUAAACUCUGAAGCAUGACAUAUUUCCCGUCCCAGUGAUUGACUGCAGCAUGAAAUACUGAAGCUGUGCCCAUCAUCAGCAGGAACACCUGAAAACUUUUAUUUACAGUCUCCACUUGGUAGAGCUGCACGUAAAACUUCCAUUAGCUUCAUUUAGCUUCAUGGCUAAAAGAGAGCUGAUACGACUGUGUGGCAGGCAGGACAGUGAAGCUGUGAAGAACGUCGGUGGAGGAGUUUGAAUCUGGGCUCAUGUGAGGUUCAUAGUUCAUAGUUCAUUGUAUUCAGCAGAAAGUCCUGUGCAUGUUACCUGAAACAAAAUGUCAUGUUUGCAAGUCUUCACAAUCAUUUUCCAGAAAAUAAAUAAGUGUGAAUCCA